AUGAGCUCACCCAAUUACCCCCAACUUCGAUUUGUAGACCUCUCUGAUAACAAACUUAAUGGUCACAUUCCAAUUGGCAUAAAUAGUUGUGUGGAGUUGUCAAGCUUAAAUUUGAGCUAUAAUAAUUUGAGUGGAAGAAUUCCACUAACGAUUGGAGGAAGCAGUUUAUCUCAAUUAGACCUUUCCAAUAAUAACCUUUCUGGCAUAAUCCCUGAUUCUCUUUCAUGGGAGCUUCAUUAUUGGGUGUCUUCAGGAGCUUACUUGGACUUAUCGUACAACAAUUUGGAAGGUCCAAUCCCACUUCAUCUGCAAUAUUUGAAUCCGCGACUUGAAGGCAACAAAGGUUUAUGUGGUGCAGAUUACGGUUUUACUUCUUGCUAUACUCCUCCACCACCUUCAUCUUUUCUAAUAGAAAAUGACUCGGAAAAGAAGCCCCAAAUUACAUCUACUCGUUUGAUUACAGUUAUUCUGCCUAUCACCACUAUUCUUACCAUCCUGAUUUUUGGAUUUUUUUUCCUCAAAAGAAAGGAUAAAAAAGCUCCGUUGUCCACAUCCACAUCCACAAGAGCAUCCAAAAUCAGAGAUGUAUUCUCAAUAUGGAACUUUGAUGGUAGAAUUGCUUUUGAAGACUUAAUUGAAGCGACAGAGGGUUUUGAUAUCAAAUAUUGCAUUGGAACUGGAGGUUAUGGCAGUGUUUACAAAGCGCAACUACCCCAAGGUAAAGUAGUUGCUUUGAAGAAGCUUCAUAGUUUAGAAAUUGAGGAGUCAGCUUCCCUAAACAGCUUCCAAAACGAGGUUCGUGUACUGUCCGAAUUACGACAUCGAAACAUUAUCAAGCUUUAUGGAUAUUGUUUGCACAAAAAAUGCAUGUUUUUGAUUUAUGAGUAUAUGGAAAGGGGAAGCUUGUUUUGUGUUCUACGNCAAAAAAGCCAAAAAGACUUUGACUCCGCCUGGGCAAGACCAAUUAAAUGGAGGUUUGGCUACCUUCAAACAUAUUAUAUAUAA